GCUAGCUAGCUAAUUAUUGAGGCUUAAUUAAAGCGUUUCAAUACUUGAUUCAAGGACAUCGAUCGAGUAGUUUAGCCAAGAGCAAUAAUGGGAAAGAAGAUUGAUGCCUUACUUGGAAGAAACACCAAGUGGAGCGCCAAGUUGAAAGCCACCACAGGCCUCGCCAUUUCCCGCGUGGCGGUUCUCAAGAACCAGCGCCAUCGCCCGCUCCGACCUCCUUCAGCUCCUAAGCCUCGGCCAGCAUCAAAGAGCCCUUCUUCGCGUAGAGCUAGUGAUGAAGGAGGAGAACAUGUUGGAUGUGUUGGCUAUGUUACAAGGCUUCUGCUAUCUCUUGAUCGAAAGGGUGGCCCUACUCGAACAUCAAAAGGAUUGCCCCGAGGAAAUGAAGGAGGCGAUAUCGAGCCUCAUAUUUGCUGCUACGAGGUGUGGGGAUUUCCCGGAACUCGUAGAGCUUCGAUCUCUUUUCUCUGCUAAAUAUGGAAAGGGAUUCGUGUCCCGGGCCGUUGACUUAAGAAACAACUGCGGGGUCAAUCCAAAGGUGAUUCAAAAGCUGUCCACUAGAACACCUAGCUACGAGGAGAGGCUGAUGAUCCUUAAAGAAAUUGCAGCAGAACACAACAUUCCUCUGCACAUUGAGGAGCCCAAUAAUGAUGAAGAUGCAACAGAGGGACAAAAUAAUGUUGGGAAUGUGUCGGUGCGGGCAGAAGAUUGCUGCAUUGCCGGGUUGGACCCGGAAGCGGAAAGGGAAGUGAGAAGAAAGUACAAGGACGUGGCUGAUGCGGCGCAAGCAGCGUUUGAAUCAGCAGCUUAUGCGGCGGCAGCAGCCAGAGCUGCCGUGGAGCUCGAUCUCCCGCUCUGACGAGUUUAGUGCUUCUGAAUUCUGAUCAUCACCGGUAACCCGGCAUAAUAGUCGUCGUGAUGAAGCAAAUAUAGAUAUGUUAAGGGC